GUAAGGUUUUGAAGCACAUGUGAGUUUAAAAUUUAUUCAACUUAUUCUUGCGCAAUCUGAAGCUGACAUUAACAAUUGCGCAAUUUUUCAAAACUAGCUAGAUUUUUAGUUUGUGCAAUUCAUAAUUGGAUAAACGAGAGAACGAAUACAAAAGGCAAGACAAAAGGAGAUUUGUUGGGAGAACUUUCACGUUGAUUUAACCUGAAACUAGGUAGUUCCUGUUUAAUUCUGCAGUUUUAAUUAAAAAGUUGACAAGAGAUAAAAGUAAUUUUGGAGUAAAAAUGAAUUUCGGAGAUAAAAUAAUGAAAUUUUAUUUUGAUAUGUUAAAUCGUCGACCAAAUAUCGCUUUAAAAAUGGUGAACGUGAUAAACGAAGCCUUACAAAAUGAACCUGAAGAGAAGGCAGCAUUUCAAGCUUUAUUAUCAGAAAAUAAUUCUGAAACAAACAACAAAGAUUACAAGGAAAUUGGCAGAGAAGAAGUUGAAUGUGAUCCUGAAAUUAUUAUCACAAAUCGAUUGAAACGUACAAUGAAAACGUUGAAAACAAAUUUAUAUGACUCGGAAUUUAGGAAAAACGGCGUUAAAUCCAAUUUUCGUGAAAGAAUAGAAAAUGUAAGCCGUGAACCUUAUCCUAUAACAUCGACAUCAUCUGUCAACAAAAGUCUAAAACCUGAUGUAUCAUCAACAAGCUCCAAUAAGCCUUCAUCUUCAUCAUCGUCACUUCCAUCACCAGCUAAAAAAGUAAAAAUCGAAAAUCCAUCUGAAGAUUUAUUGGGAGUUUGUAAUUCAGUUAACAGCACAAGUGCAGAAAGUUUUGACAAUAUUUCCAGUCUAAGUAGCUCAACAGAUUCACCAUCUCCUGAAAAAGUUGCGAUGAAUUGGCACAUUCGACGUUUGAUAGAGAAACGCGCUGAAAUGCCAUCAAAACGUAGCGUCACGGAGAAAGACUUGGAAUAUCAUCCAACUAAGUGUCGUGACUUUCCUGGAACUAACAAUCGAACACCAAAAGAAGAACUUGUAAGGCAAAAAAAUUCUUUAGCGGCAAGGGUUGCACGAACAAAAAAUAAAAAGUUCAAUCAACAGAUAGACGAUGAAGCCGUUGAAAUAGCUAGAACAAAUCUCGAAUUAAAACGAAAUCUCGCUGCUAAGAAGGCUCGAGCAAAUGCCAUGCUACGUCAACAAGGAAAACCGGAAGUCGACUUUGAUGAAUUAUUUAAAAAAUAUUUAGAAAACCAAAGACAACAGCGUGGCAAGGAAAUGGAACAAAGCAAGGGUCAAUAA